GCACCGGUCUCAAAUAUCGGUCAGUAAGACCGGUGUACACAAUCACAUGUUUGCUUUAUUUAUUGAGCGUUUAUUCAACCAGUCGUGAACCUUUUUUACGAAUAUAUGAUAGCUCAGUGAUUUUAAACCAGGAUGUAAGCGUUUAACAUGCAUUAAUGUAAAUCGACUGUUGUCAAAAAGCGUAUUUUUCGGUGACCUAAAUAUUUGUUUCGGAUAGCGUCAUUAACAUAUUUCCACUAACCUAACUGAUGGAUCCAAUAAUCGCGCGUCAUAAAUUAUUACUAAUAACAAUUAAAGACGAGUUUGACACUGAAAGUAUCGAAUAUGCUAGUUUUAUAGAACACUUUAAAGGAUACGUUCCUCGUGGUCAGCUUGCUGCAAAGAAGGAUUUACUAGGUAUAUUUGAUGCAUUGGCGUCAAGAGGGCAUUUGAGACCGGGGAAAUAUGAUGUUUUAAAAAAGAUCAGUGAGGAUAGCAGCAACAAUAACAUAACUAAACUGAUUGAAAAAGCAGAAGAAGAUAUAAGCCUACUUCGUAAAAGUUCAGAUAAUAAUGGUCAGCAGGGCUCAAGCACCGGACCACCUAGGUCAAGACCGACAGGACGAGAUGCUACAAACGAUGGAUCAUCAUCCAAACGUGCUCGACCAGACUUAAACCAAUUAGCCGAAGACUCCAACAUUGAUAAUGACCAGGCCUCAGAAGAGUACGACUCUCUUGCACUUCCAGACUUUCAUGUGAUUACGGACUAUCUUAAUGCAUUAAAAAAUGGUAAAGAAGAAGACACAACAAUAAGACUUAUGAUAAUUGGAUGCUUCGAUCAAGGUAAAACCACGCUAGCCAGAAGGUUAAUGUCGCAUGACUUAGAUGGAGUAGAAAGUACAAAUGGCAUAGAUAUUUAUAACGUUACAUGCCAACAGGAUGAAAAUGUAUGGAACAGUGUAACCGAAGAAGAUUCUUAUGGACAUAGUAUGAAAAGACUGGCUCUGAUAAGUAUGACACAAACUGACGAUUCAGAAAUUGAAAAUACUGACAAUGAAUUAGAUGAUGCAAUUUCCACACCCACUCCUGGUUUUAAACCAUUUUUGGCACGGUAUGGGAGUUCAUCAAUUCCUUCAGGAGAUUUCAUGAAAUUACCUCCAAGGCCAAACGACGACAGUCUAUCACUUUUCCAGCAAUUUAAACAAGAAAUUAAUAAAAGCAACACUAUUGUGAAGACACAAAAUAUGUCCCUUUGGGAUUUUGGUGGCCAAUUUGUUUUUUACGCUACUCACCAGUUGUUUCAUUCGAGAAAUGCAGUUUAUUUAUUGGUAUUUGAUCUUCAUAAAGACAUUAACUCACCAGUUAUUGAUGAAGACUAUCCAGGCGGUACGCAUCCAGUUGUGAAGUCAAUGAAAGAUUACAUCGAAUUUUGGGUCACUUCAGUACACUCAUAUGUCGGCAACAAAGAGUGUACUCAACCACAAAUUAUUUUAGUUGGAACGCAUAAAGAUGAGCUCGAAGAUGAAGAGAAAGCUGAAGACUAUUUUGAAUGUAUCAGAGAAAUGUUUGAUGGUCGUCAAAUAAGACAUCAUAUAUACCCUGAAUGUUUUGCUAUAGCAGGCAAAGAUCUAACAGAUGGUAAAGUUAAUCGCCUUCGGGAAACAAUUGUAGAUAUAGGGAGAAAGAAAAAGGAAAUGCUACCUGCCAGCUGGCUGCUUCUUGAGUAUGUAUUACGGCAAAGACAAAAUAUUAUAAAAUUUGAGGAGGUGAUGACAUUGAAUGAAGAGUCCGGGUCUCCGAUUGGUUCAAAACAUGAAAUGAAAUCAUUUCUGAAAUUCCAUCAUGCCAGAGGAACAUUUAUUUACUUUGAUGAAGGCGAAUUGGCUGAAUUUGUUGUCCUGAAGCCUUCGUUCAUAGUUGAUGCUUUCAAAUGCAUCCUCACAUCUGGUAAGUUUUGCAGAAAGGACACAGCUCUGCGACCUUUGUGGCAAAAGCUUACAACAAGGGCUAUUUUAGACCCGGGUCUUUUGCAGUCUGUCUGGAGUAAUGAUGGCAAUAAGGAUUUCAUUCAGUUUAAAGAUGUUCUUCUGGCUAUUUUGAAAAGACAUAAGAUCAUUUCUGAGGCACUAAAGUUUAAUGAUAACACUGCGGAGUUGUCAUCACUUGGCUACUACAUAGUUCCUAGUUUCUUGAGAAAGGCGAAACAAGAUGAAAUAGAGACUUUCAUUGGGAAAAGGCGUACCACCACAGUUUCACUAGUUUAUAUAUUUGACAAUGAAGCAGUUGUUACAACAGUAUUUCAAAGAAUUACAGGUGCAGCGGUUGGAAGCUGGUCAGUCCUUGAACUGAAUGGAAGUAGUUUGCUUUUUGAAAAUGCAGGUGUGUACAGGAUUAAUCAGAGGCAUGCAGGUGUGAUAACAUAUGCUGAAGAUAAGUUAGAAUUGUUGGUAGCUCCUAUGUGCAUCGAAGAAAACAUACAAGCUGAAGUCGCCGAUUUCUUUCGAAGAUUUGUUGAAAACGUGAUACAAAAUGAAUUUGUAAAGCUUCGGAGUGCUGAAGAAAUUGAUCAAAUACCAUUUAAAGUAUCGGUUAGAUGCCAACACUCUCUACAUAAUUGUAAGGGAAGCAAAGCAUUUUAUGAUUUAGAAAAUUUGAAGGAGCAGUCAGAGAAAAGAGUAUGUUGUCCAGACAAUGUCGCUCAUGAAAGUAUUGACAUUGACCACAUCUUACAUGAAUGGUAUGGGCAAAAUAUAGUUGUUACAUAUGUACCAAAACGUACACUCACAAGACAAGAACAUGCAGUACUGUCCACUGCUAUUGGAUCUGAAUGGAGGAUUCUUGGAUCACUGCUAGGAGUCAAUGAAAUAACUCUGCAACAGAUAGAACUUGACCACCAAACAACGUCUAUGAGGAUUUAUGAGAUGCUUGGAUCGUGGGAAAAAGAAAAGGAGGAGAAGGCUACUUUGGAUGUUUUUGUAAAAGAAAUUAACAAACUUCCACCUAACACAGUCAGAAUGGAUGUGAUAAGAAAUCUGAUAAAUAAUAUUUACAAAUAAAAGACAUGUUUCUGCUUGAAAAUCAAACUAAACAUUUGCUCUUAUGUAUUGGACUGCUAUGUGUUUUUUAUGUAUGUCACCAAGGUCGAUCAAAAACUUUUCAAAUUUGUAUGUUUCUUGAAUUGACAGUUGUUGACACAUGGAUUUACAUAUGAAUACAAUGAUACUGGAUGAAAUGAUUUAAUAAUAAGUAUACAAAGUAAAAUCUUUCAAAAAGUGUCCUUGUAAAAUUUUGUUUUCAUACUGACUAGCUAGCUAUGUUUGUUAUAGACUUAUUGGACCGAUUUUGGCUCUUUACAUUAGAUACAUAUGAUCAUGAACAAAGUUGGUUAAUUUAUUAAAACAACUAUCAAGCUUCAAUUAGCUUACACAAACAAAUAAUUCUUGAAAUCAG